AUGGUACCAUAUGAAUUCCGACCAAAUCACGUUUUCGAUCCGAAAAAACAUAUUUUAGAUGUAGUGGCCAAGCAAUAUCUUGAACAGGCUACUAGUGAUGUACAUCAUCUUGUUCCAGCCGAAGUCAUUGCCGAUGGAAAUUGUUUAUAUCAUUCCAUUGUUCUUCUAAUGAAUAAUCCAGCAGUGACAUGGAGUGAAUUACGAGUUCGAACAGUUAUAGAACUUAUUACGAAUGAGACUUAUUAUUCAAAUACGUACUCACAUUGCGUCGGACCUUUUGAUGUUGCAAUUCAAGCUAUAUGCAGAAAGUCCACAUUUUCGGAGUUGUAUGAAAUUACUGCAUUAUGCAAUAUACUUAAAUGUAACAUACGAAGUAUUUAUCCAAAAAUUGAUCUUCGAGAUCAUAUGGCCAUCGUGAAUAACACGUUUAUGCCUCUUCCACCUACUGUUGCUAAUUGCGAAAUUACAAUAUUGUGGUCACAUACCUUGAACGAAAACGAGGUAAGAAUUACAAAUAAUUCAACAUGGAGCCCCAAUCAUUUUGUUCCACUUAUGUCACGAUUGAUUCAACAUGAGCGUGAUAAUAAUAAUCAAUUAGCGUCAGUUCUUGCGACUCCUGAAAAGAGAACAUUUAAAAACAAUGCUGCUAUCCAGAUACGAAUUCUUGAGUUUCAAUCAUCUCCUAGCAGACGUUUACGAAGUGAAAUCAACAUAGACACUGAUUCUUCUCAAUCGAUCGUGUCUGAUACAAUGUUGUACGAUCACAAUGACAAAGAAGAACAACGUCAAAUUCGUCUUGAAAAGAAAAAAGAACUAGUUCGAUCAAGUCGACUGAACGCAACCGAAGAAGAGCGCCAAAAUCGACUGAGGGGAGAGAGGCACCGCAGUCAAACUACUCGAAAGAAUCAAACAGAAGAACACCGUCUUAAUCGACUCGAACAGCAAAGAAAACGAAGUCAGGCAAACAGAGAAAAAAAGAAAAAUGAAAAACGCAUGUCCGAUAAUAUUAGUAUUCAACAACAAACUACUCAGAUGCAAUCUGCUGGAACGGAAGAAGUCACAUUACAAGAUGGUAUUAAUAUAUCUCAUUCUACAUCAAAUUCAAAAGUCUUACCGAAAAUUAGAAAUACGACUUCUUCAUGGCCUGAACCAAUUUCUCAUGAUUUGAAAGAAGAAUGUGUCAAAAACUUUCUCCAUCGAAUGUCCAUGUCAGCACUAGCAGAAACUACUUGUGCAGUUUGCAACAUUCGAAGUCCGAUGCAAAAGUCGAAAUCAGUACCUGUCUCAAAAAUUGCUAGCACUAAAUUACUCAAAGUUUCAGACGAAACUAAAGCUCUGAUCAUGCGUUUCCAGUUAUCGAAUUUACAAUACAUAAAUGAAGGCACCGUAACUGCUUUUAGUACUGAUGGUAUACAAACGACUGAUCAUACUCAAAUUUUCCUUGUUUCACCUUCCAAGUCACCAUCUUUUUAUUGUGAAAACAACAUUAUUUUAUAUACUAGUGGCUUAUUUCAACAGAACCAAAAGAAUAUGUGCACACUCUGUCAAAAAUGCCAUGAUGCUUUAUCGAAAAAACACAUUCCUAAAUUUUCUGUUGCCAAUGGUAUGUGGUUUGGUGACAUACCUGCUGUAUUACAAGGCUUAACAAUUCCAGAAGAAAAGCUUAUAUCACUUUAUCGUCACAAUAGCUGUAUAAUAAAACUUCAAUCACCUUUCCAUUCAGCUACAACUUCACAAACAGCUUUAAAAGGCAACUGUAUUACUUUUCUGCAAAAUGUACCGGACAUUGUCAACAGUCUACCACUUAAACUUGAUGAUCUAUGUGAUACGAUAAAAGUCAUUUUUGUUGGCUCUCUUCCUCCUCAACAUAUUCAUCUUAGAAAAAUUUUAACAGUGCGAAAGAAAAAAAUUAUUCAGGCUUUGCAAUGGUUGAAGAAAUAUAAUAUUCUCUAUCAGAAUAUUGAGAUAAAUCUUGAGAAUCUUGCUCAACUACUUGAAGACGACAUACCAGAAUCUAUUAUGUUAACAAUGGAGCAAAAGAUAAGUGAUGAAGAAAUUCAAUCUGAAAGAGUUGGCUAUGUUCCUGAUCCACUAUCUUAUUUAACUGAUUACACAAGCUCAGAUACUAUUCCCAUACAGUACAGUAGUGUUCUCGACGUCAAUGGCUCUUUCGUAUCUUCAGAUGAAAUUGCAAAUUAUGUUUUGCAAAAAAUGAAAAAUAACAAAACACACCAACAAAUGAACAGUGAAAGAGUUCAUUUGAUACCUCAUUCUUCAAAACCUGUUAAUGAGUAUUAUAAUCCAAAAUUAUUAGUGGGUUUGUAUCCUACUCUGUUCUGUUAUGGACGUGGUGCACCUGACGAUCAAUCACGUCCUGUUAAAGCGAAUUUACGAGAACAUAUACGCUACCCAUUAUCCUACAAUGAUCGACGUUUUGAAAUGAAUCACAGCUUUAUAUUUGUGGUCUUCAAUAUAUUGCAACGACGUAAUGCUUGUUUUCAUGCUCAAUUGAUCACAACGAAACCUUACUUUCGAGAAUCAGCCCAGGAUAUCCAGACUUUAAACAGUAAAGACAUCGAAACCGCUCUCGAGAAUAUUUCCAAAAAAACAUAUAACUCAGAAUCAAACAGUGCAUUAAACAAAUUAUUAAAUCAUAUCAAAACCAUCGGUGGUCGAGUUAUGGGCUCCGCAUAUUCACGCACGGCCUUACGAACUCGCAUUCAUUCGUUAAUAUAUAAUCAAUGUCUACCUAACAUCUUUAUGACGUUAAAUCCAGCUGAUAUUCAUAGUCCCGUCGCACUAUAUUUUGCGGGUGUCAAGCUUGAUUUGGACAACAUUCAAAUGGAACAAUUGCUCAAUACUUAUAAAAGAGCUGAAAUAAUAGCAUCCCAUCCUGUAGCUACCGCCAAAUUUUUUCAUUUAUUAAUCACCAAUAUCUUAGAGACUAUAAUUGUUGACGGUGUUCUUGGGCCAAUAAAGGCUUAUUUCGGUACUGUUGAAAGUCAAGGACGAGGUUCUCUUCAUCUACAUCUUCUUAUUUGGCUUGAUCAUGACAUGAAACCGGCUGAUAUGAAAGAACAAGUUCAAAAUUCUACUUUUCGUGAGAAUUUGACAGCCUAG